UAUCUUCGAGAGUUUACGGCUGUCACGUGACCUGCCUCCAUCUCCGUCGACCUACCACUGAAUAUUAUGAACCGUAACAUCACUGUGUACUGACUGCGUCUUCAAAAGUGCAUGCAAAAAAGUUUCAACAGGGAGGCUAUGUGAAACACAAAUACGAAGAAUCCAACUUGACUCAAAGUAAGGCAGGGAAUAUUGGGAUUAUACACAGUCCACAGAAUGGGGAAGCUGCUUUUGUUUUUGUCGCUCGCAGCUCUGUGCCAAGCAGACCGCAUUCAUGUAGAGAAGAAAGAAGCCGAGCAUAAAACAAAACAGACGACAGUUGACGAUCGGGUCGAGGAAUUCCUCCGCCUUAACCAUUACCCCGGCGGCGCCAUUGCCGUAAUGAAGCACGGCAAGCUCGUACACGCAAAAGGCUACGGUACAUUUGAAAAUGGACACAAAAUUCACGCGAGGAGUUUAUUCCCGGUGUCCAGCGUUUCAAAAUCCAUCACCGCCGUCGCCAUCUUAAAACUGGUUGAAGACGGAAAACUUGAUCUUGAGAGGACCGUUUUCGGUUCCUCCGGCGUUUUGCACUCCAUGACCCCUUAUUUGGGGAAAUUCAUAGACCCUCGCCUGACGGAUAUUACCGUGGAGCACCUCCUUCACCAUACGGCGGGCUGGGACGAGACGAAAGCGCCAGUCUACGAUCCCACGAUGAACUCCCUUUACAUAUCACUUAAACACAACGUGACUAAUAUUGCCAAGGUCGUUGGGGCCGUGGGGGACCUUGUGCCCUAUCACAUAUUGAAAUUUAUGAUGAAUCAAUCCUUACACUUCACGCCAGGCACAAAAUAUCAGUAUUCUAACUUCGGUUACAUGGUCCUCGGGCGAAUCAUCGAAGAAGUAACAGAUAUGGACUAUGACGAAUACGUGCAGGAGAAUAUCUUCACGCCUUGUGGUAUGUGGAAAACCAGGCUUGGCGCCCCAAAGUCACGCAGUCGAGGUGGUAAAUCUCGCAAAUCAAGGCUUCACAAGUUCCACUUCGACGAAAAGGAAACUAUUGUACAAACGAAAGACGGUACCAAGAAGGACGUUCACGAUGUCAUAUCUCCAUACACGUUGGAUUCUACGCUCGGUUGGCACUCCAAUGUAUACGAUAUGAUGCGGUUCUUGAUUUGCGUCGACGGAACCGGUCACACACAGGUUCUGAAGCGGGAAUCCAUCAGGCGGAUGCUUCGGCGACCGGGGCUCCCAAUGCCCCAGCACGUGGACACAUGGCACGCGGCCGGUUUCACGGCCAAGUUAAGCGGCCAGUUCUGGCAGGAGUCCGAUGACCACUUUAACGACAUGAUUCUCUUCCACGGUGGCAUCCUACAACAUAAAACUGAGCAUUCGAAGGGCGGGCUUGACGACGCCAUCGUGCCGCCGGCGAUGUCAUUCGUGCUCCUCCUUCCAGACAACCACCACACUCGCCUUAAACUUCUCGUUCGUAAUCUUCUUGGUGACAUCCGACCAUCAGAGUGGCCGAGCCACGACCUCCUUGCUGCUGACCUCGCCGACUCCCAUAUCAAAAACGACAACGUGGACAUGUUAGUGAAAUACAAGAUGUCCGAGCAUCGUCUAAAACCGUGGGCCAAUGCAAUGAAAGUGGCUGGGUACUAUCCGCACUGGAUGCAUGCGUACAUCUUCAGAGAGAACACAAAUUUUCUGGGUAUUUUCAAGAAGGCCGUCAAUAAGACUGAACUGGAUUAUCUGGUAGAUCAUGGCCUGACAAAGCAACGACUUCGAAACCACCUCGACACAUACCGGGAGGGCGGAUACCACUACAAGCUGGUACAGAAUUAUCUCAGCACAGGCCACGACAACAGACUCUGCCACCUGGUGGUGGUCAGCAAAAAAACUGACGACGCGCCCCAUUCGAGAAUCAGCGUGGACGAGAGUGUGACGUCAUACAGAGGAAACAUUCAAAGACACGUGCGGGACUCUUACUAUCCUAUCGCACAGUCCAUUGAAACUCGCAGCGAUAAAGAAAUCAUAACGGCUCUCUAUAGCAAAAAGCAAAAUCCAGCUACAAAGCUUUAUCACGAUCUCAACUCUAAACAGUUAGAGAGACUCUCCGAGGCCAUGGGUAAAAAAGAAUAUACCCUUGGCUACCUAGACACCUACCUUCACAAUGGCGAACCUAAAUUUUCCGCCAUUUUUAGUAAACUUAAAGUGAAGAAAUGGUUCCUGGAGAACGAGCUUACCAUUGCGUGGAUUCGGACUGAUGUGCGAAAACUAUUCCAAAUGAGUUUUGUACCAGAUAUGAUUGUGGGUUAUGAAAAAACGGGAGAACUGCAGUUUACCGGCUACUGGGUGAAGGCAUAAUUGCUAUUUAGUUUCGACUACCGAAAAGUACAAAACCGCCGACUUGAACUCUAUUUUUUGCAGAACGUUUGUCGCACAGAUCUUAUUGCUCGCUAACUCAACGAACAACAUGCAAAUGUAUUCAUUAUGAUGAUUUAACUUCUCUAUUUGAACUUUAUGAUAUGUACAUAAUACCAUUUUAGCGUUUGUUGUCGGUAAGAUUACCUUAAGCAGUUUUCCUUGUUAACCUAAAAUACUAAUCUUCUGCAGCUAAAUAACUUUCUCAAUCAAUAAUAUGUUAUUUUGACUUAAAUGAUUACUUCUCAAUCCUCAAGUUGAGAACGCUCACUCUAAUAUAUUACAAAAGCUGAUGUGUUUUUUUACCUCCAAACUGUCCAAUCCUGAACUACCUGCGAGCACAUGUACAUAUUUUUGAACAACAUCAUUACAGCUGUUCACUGUAUCUUCACAUCAGCUUUUGUAAGAGUUUGUAAUUUUAGAACUUGACUAAAUACUAUUUUUGUGUGUGUUUGUUGUUUUCAAGAUUACUCUCUUUCUGCCUCAUUUUAAAUAUAUGUAGAUGGACUGGUGGCAGUAGAGCUCCAGAGAAAACGUUGGUUUUGGACUCGUUAUGGGAAAUCACGUGUCAACUUGUAUGCACACAAUACGUUUUGUAAAAAUAAAUCUUGUUAUAUGUUAUGAAUAAAAAAACGUCUUUUAAGUUUGAA